AUGGAUUAUGGGAUCAUUUUAAUGAAGAAGUGGCGGAGAAUUUGGUGUUGUUUAAGAUGUAUUUGUGAAGAUGGAAAAGGGAAUUGUGUUAUGUUGUGUAUUUAUGGAAAAUCAUGUUUAAAUGGAUGUAAUAAACCAGAUUUUUGUGAUUGUUGUGAUACGAUCAUUGGAUAUAAUGAAUAUUGUAGUGGAUGUAAAGAUGGGUAUAUGUGUUAUAGAAAAAAGACAAUAGAAAAUAUAGUAAUAAAAAUAUUGUGUCAAGUAGUGAAUUUUUUUAAAGAAUACAACUUUAAAAUAUUACUUCAUUUUCACUUCUUUUAA